AUGACGACGACAACGACAACGACAACAACGACGACUGUCCUCCUCCCGAGGUUCCGGGCUGUCAUUGUCACCGUCCAGCUAUGCGGCCUGAUGUUCUUCAGCAGCUUCUGCAACGGCAUCGUCGUCGUCGCCCUGCCCGCCAUGCAGUCCGGCCUGGGCCUGGAUGAAGGCCUCCUCGUCUGGCCCUCAUCCAGCUACUACUUGACGGCCGGAUCGUGCCUGCUGCUGGCCGGCUCCAUUGCCGACGCUGCCGGUGCCAAACGCGUCCAACUCGUCGGCUCUCUCCUUGCUGCCGCGUUCACUUUGGGCUGCGGCCUGGCCCGGACCGGCGGUGAGCUUAUCGCUUUCCGUGCCCUUCAGGGCGUCACCAACGCCAUCAUCAGCCCUUCGUCCAUCUCCAUCAUAUCCAGCAGUCUCGAGGAGGGACGGCCUCGCAACAUGGGCUUUGCCUGUUUGGGCUUCAGCCAGCCGCUCGGCUUCGGCGUUGGCCUCGUCCUGGCCGGCGUGCUUACCGACACCAUUGGGUGGCGGCCGGCCUUCUACCUCGCAGCCGCCGCCAGUCUGGCCUUGUUUCUCCUCUCCAUCUGGGCUCUGCCUCCGGAUCCCCGGCGGCCCGAAGCCGACCAGCCCGUCUGGAGGCGGCUCGCCUUGCACAUAGACUGGGUCGGCUUGCUGUUUGCGAGCACGGGACUGGCCAUGUUGUCGUACGUUUUGGCAUCCAUGUCGUCCGACAUCAACAACAUCCAUCAGGCCCCUAGCAUCGUCUUGCUGGUCAUCAGCGGCUUCUCGAUUCCGGCAUUUGCCGCAUGGAUGCACUACCAGUCCAAGAACAAUCGCACUGCACUGAUCCCCAACUCGCUGUGGCGCAGCCGUGUCUUCACUAGCAGCUGCAUCUUAAUCCUCCUCACCAACGCGAUCACUAACUGCAUGGAGCUGUACAGCAGUCUUUUCUUCCAACAGGUCCAAGGCAUCUCGGCUCUCGGAGCGUCAAUACGCGUUCUACCGUCUCUCCUCGCCGGCGUGCUCACCAGUAUCCUGACCGGCAUCUUCGUUAACCGCAUGCCGGUGUUGUGGACCGUGCUGAUCUCGUCGGCCCUGAGUGCCACCGCCCCGCUUCUGAUGGCCUUCAUCCGGACCGAUCAGGUGUACUGGGAAAACGCCUUCUUCGGGCAGAUCCUCUCCCCCAUCAGCUGCGACAUGCUCUUCACCGUCGGCCUGCUCAUCAUCUCGGACGUCUAUCCCAAGCACAUGCAGGCCCUCGGCGGCGCCGUCUUCAACACGUGCGCUCAGCUCGGCGCCGCCGUUGGCCUGAGCGUGGCCCAGGUCGUCGCCUCGUCCGUGACCAGCAACGUCGCGUCGUCUUCCGCCGAUAAGUCUUCCCCGGACGCCUUGAUGAAAGGCUACCGGGCCGCCUUCUGGCUCAUGUUCGGCUGCAUGGUCGCCGUCUGCUUCGUGUCCGCGCUGGGCCUGCGCAAGGUCGGCGUCAUCGGCGUGAAGCGGGAUUAG